AAACCUCUUACUUUGAUCUUCUUUUUUUCUUUUAUCCUCUCAAGUCUGGGUGCCAUAAAAAAAUUGGGUUUUAAAGAUCUGAUAUUUCAUUCUAUUGAAGGGUCUAUUUUAUUUUAUUUUAUUUUUCUUGUGAAUGGGUUCAUCUAAUCGACUGUUCAACAGACAGAGAACUGUUCAUGAGAUCCUUGGUGGAGGUUUUGUUGCAGAUGUGAUGUUGUGGAGGCGAGGGAACUUGACAAUGGGGAUCCUGUUAGUGACACUAGCUGCUUGGGUGGUGUUUGAGAAAUCCGGUUACACUCUGCUAUCACUAGUCUCUAAUGUUCUCCUCCUCCUUAUUGGCAUUCUAUUUCUUUGGGCCAAAUCUGCUGCAAUUCUUAACAGACCUGCACCACCUCUUCCAGAAUUGUAUCUAUCAGAAGAAACAGUAAAUGAAAUGGGAGCUUUCAUUCGAGCCCAUGUAAAUGAUAUUCUCUCAGCUUCUAAAGAUAUAGCGUUAGGUAAAGAUGCAAGGCUGUUCUUCAAAGUUGCUGGAUACUUGUUGCUGACUUCACUUGUUGGUGGCCUUACUGAUUUCCUUACUUUGGGUUACACCAGCCUUGUUGUUGUUCUCACAGUUCCUGCACUUUACGAGAGAUACGAAGACUAUAUCGAUUCGUAUACUAUACUCGGAUACAGGAAAAUGCAGCAGUUGUAUGUGAAAUUUGAUUCUAAGUUUGUGAACAGAUUCCGGAAAUGGAUUUUGGAGAAGCAGAAGUUAAGUUGAUUUAUCUUUUGUUUCUUCUUCUGGUUUCUUUUCUUUUUUCGGUUUUCAGAUUUGAGUGUGACAAACACAGGCACAAAGUUUGGUGUUUUGAGCAGUGGAGAUGUGGAAAAAAAAAAUGGAGUUUCCUUGUCUUAAGCUGAUGCUUUCCCUAUCUGUGUUAUUGUUUCCCGGCAUGUGAGUUAGGCUAUCGAGGAGAGAGAUGUUAUUGAAGCCACAGCUCAAUGAAAAUCAUCUUUAUUGAAAUGAAUAGUUGAGCAACAUUUGUACAAGGUUUUUAUGUUAGUAAAAUGUAAUUCCAAAACAAACUCAGAAGUUUAACUUGGUUAGUAAAUCACUGGUUGAUUUAUGCAGGAAGAACUUUACCCCCGAUGUAACUAUCUCCUACCAAAAAAACAACUAAAACCCUUGAACUUCAAAACUUCAUGUUAAUGUUGAAGCUAUGAGCAAAAGAUUGUUCUUUUCUCGUUAA